AUUAACUUUUGGCUGAUUGCACAUUAUGCAUUGCAAUCAGUAUGAAGGGAAAAUCAAAUGAUACAUUUAAAACAAAUAUAAAAACCAGUAUAUAAAAAAAGAAUAAUAUUAAUAAUGUUUGUCUGUUUCUUUAUCUUUUAAUAUUGGAUAACUGUGCAAGUAAAUCUGUGAUUGUGAAACACAAAGAAGCCACUUUCCAAAUCGUGAAUGAAUCGUUCGUUUGAAUCGGAUCUCGUCAAAGAAUCAGUUGAACCGAUUCACACAAGCCAAUUUAAAGGAUUCAUUGACGAAUCGGGCUGAAUCGGUGAUAGCGGUUCUGGAGUCAACAAUUCACUAUUGUUUUUUUCGAACAUAACCGAUUUAUAACCGAAUAAGUAGCAAAGUGUCCUUGUGGAUAGAAACAAUUGUCAACAAAGAAGACCCACUUUGAUUUUGAAUAUUAUAAGCAUUUGGAGGGUGAACUGAGAUGUGACUGACUUGAUGGAAAGGGGCGCUGGUGAUCAGAAAAGACCGUUCCCUUCUCAGAUGCAUUGAGAUUCCACACGGAUUGAAGCUUGGACUGAUGGAUCGUGAUGUUGGAGAUGAUGUUGUCUAAUAAAGGGGAAGAUAGUGUAGAAGGUGUGGAAAGACUGCACUGAUAGAAGAGCCCCUCUGACUCGAGACAAACGCCUCUGAGAGCAGCUCCUCACAACAGAUGCAUCCAAACUGAAAAAUGAAGAAGAAUGAAGGUGAAAACUCUCUUGGGGACAGUGCAGAUAAAACCACGAAAUCAUACAAAGCUGAUGAUGAUGCUGACCUCAAGAGUGGCAGUGACAAAACCAAAGAGAAAGCGCUGACCGUUGGAUUCUUUCAGCUGUUCCGCUUUGCCACAUGGAAGGAGGUCUUGAUGAUGGUGGUGGGAGGUGUGUGCUCUCUGGUGCACGGCGCCGCGUCUCCUCUCAUGCUGCUGGUGUACGGCAUGAUGACCAACACCUUCGUGGACUAUGAGCUUGAGGUGCAGGAACUGACCGACCCCAACAAAACCUGCAUUAAUAACACCAUCACCUGGCUGGACGGGACUGUGGCCGAGCGGCCGGACAACAGCACCACGUACUGUGGGGUGGAUAUUGAAGCUGAAAUGUCCAAGUUUGCAUUGUACUAUGUUGGAAUUGGAGUUGGAGUCCUUAUUCUGAGUUACUUUCAGAUCGCUCUCUGGGUCUCUGCUGCUGCCAGACAGAUCCAGCGCAUCAGGAAAAUGUACUUCAGGAAGAUAAUGCGUAUGGAGAUCGGCUGGUUUGACUGCAACUCCAUCGGGGAGCUGAACACGAGGAUAUCUGAUGACAUCAACAAAAUCAACAGCGCUAUUGCAGACCAGGUGUCAAUCUUCAUUGAGAGGAUCUCAACGUUCAUAUUUGGCUUCAUGGUGGGAUUCAUCGGCGGAUGGAAGCUGACGCUGGUGGUGAUAGCAGUGAGUCCUCUCAUAGGACUGGCUGCAGGACUCAUGGCGAUGGCUGUGGCGAGGCUGACGGGUCGUGAGUUGAAGGCCUAUGCUAAAGCAGGAGCAGUGGCUGAUGAAGUCCUAUCCUCUCUGAGAACGGUGGCUGCUUUUGGAGGAGAGCACAAAGAGGCAGAGAGGUAUGACAGGAACCUUGGGGAGGCCCAGGCGUGGGGAAUUAAGAAGGGAGCGAUCAUCGGUGUGUUUCAGGGUUACCUCUGGUGCAUCAUAUUCCUGUGUUAUGCUCUGGCUUUCUGGUACGGCUCAAAACUGGUCAUUGAAACUAAGGAGCUCACACCCGGCGGCCUCGUUCAGGUGUUCUUUGGUGUUCUUAUGGGUGCCAUGAAUCUGGGCCAGGCCUCUCCUUGUCUUGAGGCCUUUGCCUCUGGUCGGGCCGCAGCCAAGAGUAUAUUUGACACUAUUGACAGGGAACCAGAAAUCGAUUGCUUCUCAGAAGAAGGUCAUACGUUAGACAAAGUUAAAGGUGACAUUGAAUUCCACAACGUUCACUUCAACUAUCCCUCCCGUCCUGAAGUGAAAAUAUUAGAUGAUUUGAAUGUUGUGGUUAAAGCUGGCGAGACGACUGCAUUCGUUGGACCCAGUGGAUCAGGAAAGAGCACAGUAAUCCAACUCAUUCAGAGGUUCUACGACCCAAAAGAAGGAAUGGUCACCCUGGAUGGUCAUGACAUCAGAAGCCUAAAUAUCCAGUGGUUGCGUUCCCUUAUUGGCAUAGUGGAGCAAGAGCCUGUUCUGUUCGCCACCACGAUCGUGGAGAACAUCCGAUACGGCCGUCCUGGAGUCACCAUGGAGGAGAUUGUAGAAGCUGCCAAACAGGCCAAUGCUUACAACUUCAUCACGGAUCUUCCUCAGAAAUUUGACACAUUGGUGGGUGAAGGUGGGGGUCAGAUGAGUGGGGGGCAGAAACAAAGGAUCGCCAUUGCUCGAGCGCUGGUCAGGAAUCCCAGAAUCCUCCUGUUAGACAUGGCCACAUCAGCACUGGAUAACGAAAGUGAGGCUAUAGUACAGGAAGCCUUGGACAAGGCUCGACAGGGAAGGACGACUAUCAGCAUCGCACACCGUCUGUCCACCAUCCGUAACGCCGAUGUUCUUGUGGGCUUUGAGCAUGGCCGCGCUGUAGAGAGAGGCACACACAGCCAGUUACUGGACAGAAAGGGAGUUUACUUUACCCUGGUCACACUCCAGAAUCAAGGGAAGGAUACAGACAGUGAUACACCAGAGAACACUCCUGAGAUGAACUUGACAGAGGAGGAUGGAUUUGAGAAAGCAAGGAGCUUCAGUAGAGGAAGUUAUGAGAGCUCCUUAAGGCGUUCUCUGAGACAGCGCUCACAUUCUCAGAUGUCAAACAAAAUCCCGGAUGCCAUCUCUGGAAAAUUCGACAUCCACUCAGACCGAUAUGAAAUCGAGGAGGUUGAAGCAAACAACAAGAAAAGCAAGGGUGAAGAGGUCAUUGAAGCGGCUCCUGUGGCACGAAUCCUGAAGUAUAACCGUCCCGAGUGGCCGUAUAUGCUGCUGGGCUCUUUAGGUGCUGCUAUUAAUGGAUCUGUCAACCCCAUCUAUGCUCUUUUAUUCAGUGAAAUCCUUGGGACAUUCUCCAUUCAAGACCUGGAUGAACAAAGGAGGCAGAUAAAUGGGAUUUGUAUUUUGUUUGUCAGCAUAGGAGUCCUGAGCUUCUUUUCACAGUUCUUACAGGGCUAUUCUUUUGCUAAAUCAGGAGAGCUGUUGACUCGCAGGCUGAGGAAGGUUGGAUUUCAGGCAAUGUUGAAGCAAGAGAUGGGCUGGUUCGACAACCCCUUUAACAGUCCUGGUGCUCUGACUACCAGACUAGCCACGGACGCCUCAAUGGUGCAGGGGGCUACAGGCUCACAGAUCGGCAUGAUCGUGAAUUCACUGACCAACAUCGGUGCUUCCUUCAUAAUUGCAUACUACUUCAGCUGGAAACUGAGUCUAGUGGUCACCUGCUUCCUCCCUCUCAUCGGCCUGUCUGGAGUCUUUCAGGCUAAAAUGCUGACAGGAUUUGCUCACGAGGAUAAAAAUGCACUGGAGGCUGCUGGGCAGGUGUCCAGUGAAGCUCUGAGCAACAUCAGGACCAUCGCCGGUUUAGCCAAAGAGAAACACUUUGUGUCUCAAUAUGAAGAGCAACUGCAAACACCAUAUAAAGGAGCAAAGAAAAAAGCUCAUGUUUAUGGCGUCUGUUUUGCAUUCGCCCAGUGUGUCAUUUUCAUGGCCUUCGCCGCCUCUUUUAGAUACGGUGGCUAUCUGGUCAGUAACGAGGGACUUCCAUACAUGAUGGUAUUCAGAGUCAUUUCAGCUCUGGUGACCAGUGCCACUGCACUUGGCAGAGCUUCAUCUUUCACUCCAGACUACGCCAAGGCCAAGAUUGCUGCGGCCCAGCUUUUCAAACUGUUGGACAGGGUUCCCAAAAUUAACGUCAGCGAAACAGAAGGACAAAGUUGGGAUGACUUUAAGGGCCAAAUAGAAUUCAAAGGGUGCAGGUUCACGUAUCCCAGCAGGUCAGACGUCCAGGUUUUAAGGGGGCUGGAGGUGUCAGUACGUCCAGGACAGACUCUUGCUUUUGUGGGAAGCAGCGGCUGCGGGAAAAGCACCAGCGUUCAACUGCUGGAGCGAUUCUACGACCCCGAUGAAGGACAAGUGCUGAUCGAUGGACGUCCAUCUGCGAGCAUCAGUGUGCCCUUCCUGAGGUCUCAGAUCGGCAUCGUAUCCCAGGAGCCAGUGCUGUUUGACUGCAGUAUUGCAGAGAAUAUCCAGUAUGGUGAUAAUUCUCGUACCGUGAGCAUGAAGGAGGUGAUAGAGGCUGCAAAGAAGGCCUACCUGCAUGAUUUCGUGAUGACACUACCUGAUAAAUAUGAAUCUCAGGUGGGUGCUCAAGGCUCUCAGCUGUCCCGCGGUCAGAAACAGCGCAUAGCGAUCGCAAGGGCCAUCGUCAGAAACCCUAAAAUCCUGCUGCUGGAUGAGGCCACGUCUGCUCUGGAUACUGAGAGUGAGAAGGUUGUUCAAGCAGCUCUGGAUGAGGCCCGUCAGGGACGCACGUGUAUCGUCAUCGCUCACAGGCUUUCCACCAUUCAGACUGCUGACAUCAUCGCUGUGAUGUCACAGGGCAUGGUCAUCGAGAAAGGGACCCACGAGGAACUAAUGGCCAGGAAAGCAGCGUACUACAAACUUGUCACCACAGGGGCGCCUAUUAGUUAAAACUUAUAUAGCGUUUGGACAAGCAAGUUGUCCCACCUCAAACUCACACAUCAUUGCUUUGUCUGGCUUAUUUGGGCCAUUCAAACUAAUUACAUCUUAUUACAUUAAUUGAUGGAAUUACUGAACUGUUGUUGAGGUGUUUGUUAUUGAUUUGUAUUUAUUGAUAACUGGAUGUUUAUUAUGUCUGGACAGUAUCCUCUAUGUGUUUGAAUUCUACUAAGACAGACCUGGAUCAGCUGUAUUGUGUUUGCUGUUUUCAAGAAACUUAGUGAAAAUGUAUUGUAUCAAAAUGUGUGACAUGCAUAGAUUGGAUUUGUACUAAAAGGUUGUAGAGGUUUGACUUAUUGUAGCAGCUGAAGAUAUGGUGUCCUUGAACUGUAGUGAUAAUAGUGCAGGACUGAUAACAUGUUCAUAAUCACUGAUACCUUUAUGCUCAGUCAUUGUUUAAUGUUGUGCCAUGUGUGAUCUGGUUUUGAUUUCUCACUUAUUGUCACUCAAAAAGUACUUUAAAAAUGUAAUUUAAACCAAUGUGUCACUAUUAAUUUUUCUUUCAAUAAUAAAAAAAGAGUAUGUUUAUUAAUUAAUUAUGCUCAUUUAGCUUAAUAACAACAGUAUUAAGUUAUGGUAUUAAGUUUCUUCUCUCUUGAUGAUUUGUUCCACAGGCCUAAGAGGGCAUAAAGUUGUAAAAGGAUUUUAAAAAAUAAUAAUAAUAAUAAAAGUACUGGAAAUAUCAACUUAAAA